UCCUGCACUCUACCUUCUCUAAUUAGUCAAGCGGAAUGAGGGCAGGGGAUUUUUCUUCCCUUUUUUCAAGCUUUGUAGCCAUCCAUGGAGGGGAGGUUGGGUCGCCUUACUCGGGAGGGGGAAAUCUACAGUUUAGAUAUCAUAGGCGCGACCCCUCGACGGGGGAGGGGGGAAAUCCCAUAUGACACACAUCAAUUUUUCACUGAGAAUCUCAUGAACGACAGGCGUGGGUGUAAGAAGCAAGGUGGAAGACAACAUGCAAGAUAUCUAGCUUCCAGUUCUACACGGGGAGGGGGAGGCAAGAACAACUGGCAGAUUGGGGGGGGUCCGCCUGCACAUGCGCACUUUCCUAAACUGACCGGCCGCGACAUCGGUCCGCACAGUGCGUCCUUCAAUGAAACUGAGGUCAACAAUAACUUCGGUCCCCUUAUAUACACACAUCCUCCUCAAUCAAUUGUAUCGGAGCCACUCUCUUCCCCCACGCCAACCUCUGGUAAGUGGCGGAAGCGCCGAGGUUAACAAUGGCACGGCGCCGGUCCAAUGCCCGUGUAGUCGAAUCAGGAGGAAGCGAAGGAGGAACAAGAACCCUAGCUCGUUCAACACGGACCUGCAGCGGCGUGCAGAGGCGAUAUCGGUCCAUGGCCGGUAUUCAUGCGGGCGACCAGAGCGUUGUUGUGCAGCCUCAGGCGUCGUGGCGCACAGCCACCCAGAGCAUCAUGGACGGCACCUGUCAUGUUGUUGCACAAUGGACCUCUUGUCUAGUGCAUAGGCAUAGGUUCAUGACAAUUAAAAAAAAAGGGUUAGAGUAACAUAGGUAGAUACCGUAACAUUUUAAAUACAUGCCACUACGUGUCAUGCAUGUCAAUAAAUGAG